AUGGAGGGACCUAUCUAUGAUGAAAAUGAUAUGUGCAUAUUAUCAUGUGCUUUCCUUAUUUACAACUUUGAAUAUAACAAUUUUGAAAUAAAAGAGAAAUCAGAAAUUGUUAAACAAACUAAUAAGAAAAUUAAUAAAUAUGGAAAUUUUAUAUUACUUAGUAAUUAUAAAUAUGUAAAUAAUUUUUCAUAUACAACAAAUAUAUUACAUUACUUUUAUAAAAUAACGGAACAUUAUAUUUUUAAAUAUGUAAAUAGUAUCAUCAUUGAUUCCUUAUUUUUUUUUAAAUGUAUAAAUGAAAUAAAAUAUAAAUCUUCUGAUAAUUUCGAAAAAGAAAAAAUGAAAGAAAAUUAUAAUAUUAAACUUGAUGAAGACAACAAAAGGUAUAUGUGUCAUGACAACUAUCUUUUUGACUACAAUACUUUACACAAUUAUGUGGAACAAUUUAAGAAAAUAAAAGGUAAAAAAAAAAAAGAAAAGGAAAAAACUAUAAAGAAAAAUAUAAAUAUAGAAGAUGAUAAGAAGGUUGUAUUUACAAAUUAUGGUGAUCAAAUAAAUAUUAAUAAUAAUAACCAUAUGAAUGAUAACUCUUAUAUGAAGAAUAAAAAAAUGAAUAAUUCUGAACCUAUAUUAGCAUUUAAAAAAUCAUUUUUAUAUAAAAUAUGUGAAGUUAAUGAUAAUUUGCAUAAUAAGAAAAAUCGAAUGAUUUAUCUGACCAAAAUAUUUCGAAAAAUUAUUACUAGAAAAAAGAUAAGACAAUUUAUUUGUGAAAACGAGAAAAAAAAAAAAAAGAAAUAUUUACAAUUUUUUUUACAUUUAUCUUUAGGAAUUUUUAUAUACAUUUAUAUAUACAAAUAUAUAAAACAAAAUUAUAAAAGUAUUGAAUUUUUUAUCUUUUUAAAUAAUUUAAAAAAAAUCAAACAACUAUAUUUGGAUCAAAUUCCACAUAUGGACAAAGCAAACAUUUUGAAUUUUAUUAAGCACAUAAAGUUUAUAAACAUUCAAAUGUUUCAGUAUAUAUAUAUAUCAUUUUUUGUUAAUAUAUACAAGUUUGUUAAUUUUAUAUAUCACUUGGCAAUGUUGUCUCUAUAUAAUUACUUUAAAUAUUACUAUGAAUGUGAUAAGGAUUUAGAUAACAAUAACAAAAAUAAUAAUAAUAAUAAUAAAUAUAUAUUUAAUAUUAAUAGUGUUAAUAAUAUUUCGUUAGACAACAAUCAUAAGGACAAGAAAGAAGAUAAUCAUGAAUACAUAAAAGAAGAAUUUGAACAUAAAGGCUAUUCAAAUAAUAAUUCAUCCAAUUUUGAAAAUCAAAAUAUUAAAUAUCAUUCUUUACUUAUUAAUAAUGAAUAUAAGAAACAUUUAAUAUUCGACUGUUAUAUAUACAUUUUUAUUUUUUUCAAAUAUAUAAAACAUUUAAGAAAUACUAUGAAAUGCAAAAUUGAAAAAAUACAAAAUAACAUUAAAAAGAUAAUAAACAUAUUUAUCAACAUAUAUCAUAUAAAUAAAACAGAAAUAAAUAAAAAUAAAUGUAAUGUCUCUAAAAAGGUAAAUAUAUCAAAUUCCCACAAUCUUAUAAAUAAAGAUGAAAAUGUAAAAUUAAAUGAAAUGAAUCAUAACAUAUCAUGUAAUGAUCAUUUUUAUAAUAUAUAUUCCAACUACAUACAUUUAUCUAAAAAGUACAAAAAUUGCAUAAAAAUAAAUUACGAAAUUAUAAAAUCAAUUCAUUUGUUCCAUUUGUUAUUAAAACAUUUUUAUAAUUAUUUUCCUAUUUUGAAAAUCACGAAUAACCAAACAAACAACCUUAUUAUUUAUAAUUAUUAUGACAAAUCAUAUAUCUAUCCAUAUGAAAAUAAUAAUAAUAAUAAACAAAAUGUUAUAAAAAAUGUGGAAAAUCAAACAAUUGAUGUCUUAAAAAAUAAGGAAGAAAAAAUAAACAAUUUUAAUGUAUUUAAAAAUGUCAAUGAAUAUGAAUUGGAUUUUUUUUAUUUCAAUGAAACAAAAAAUGAUGAAAAUGGAACCAUUCAUAGUUUAGUAGAAUCAACCAAAAUGGAAAAUUUUGAUGAUAUUUUAUUAAGUGAAAAUGAAAAAGAAUUAUCUUCAUAUAAUUUGCCACAAAAUCAUAUAUCACAUGACUACUUAUUAGAAGAGGAAAAAGACCAACAUAAUUCUGUCAAUUUUUUAAGUUCAGAAAAAUUAUUUUUAUAUCUUAUUAACAAUAAAUUGGAUCACAUUUUACUUAAUGUUCAUAUGUAUAAUUUUUCAAACGAAAAUGGGACAAUAAAAUAUACCCCGAUAGAUGGAUAUAAUAUUCCUGUUCCUAAAGAAGAAAACGAUAUGAAUAAUAUGGUAUUACAAAUUGGGAAUGAGAAAUGUCAUAUAUACCAAAGUAGUGAUGUUUUAAAAUGUUUGAAAGGUCAAACGAGUGUUUAUAACAAAAUUGAAGAGAUAUUAAAUCAAUUAUUUAAUAAUAAUAUUAUGUUAAAUCAAUUAAAUUCUAAUAUAACUACUGAAAAUUAUGUAAAUUAUGUAAAUUAUGUAAAUCAUUUACAUAAAUACAAUAAAAACAUUUUGGAAAUAUAUGAUGAUCAUAUUUUUGAUAUGUACUAUAAAAUACCAAAAGAAAAAUCAAUAGAAACUGAAGAAUCAAUAAAAAAUAAAACGUUACUACAAGUUAAGAUAUUCUUAGAUUAUGAAAAGUUAUAUAACAAAAAAACAGUGGAAACACAAACAAUAGAAUCCGUUUUCAAAAAAGAUAAAUCUAUACAAAUUAUGAAGGACAAGGAAAUUUCUACAAUAACACAACAAUAUAGUCAAACACAAAAAGUAACCAACACAUUGUUUUAUUUAAAAGAUAUUUAUGAUUAA